CACACACACGCACAAACUAACACAGAGUCACGCACACAGACACAGGCAGCUUUUAUUACAUCCCUCCACAGCGAGAACAGGGAGUAAGACGGAGAGAGAGAGAGAUAGAGAGAGAGAGAGAGAGAGAGAGAGAGAGAGAGAGAGAGAGAGAGAGAGAGAGAGAGAGAGAGAGAGAGAAGAAUUCCUCCACUUGUUUCCCUGAGGUUCAGGAAGGAAUGGCAGCAAACGCCAGUACUCAGCCCCGGGUUCUGUUCCAGACCUCCGAGAAGGUGGAAGAGGAGACCUCCCAGCGCAAACUGGGCAAGUUGACGGUCAAAUACAACCGCAAGGACCUGCAGAGGAGGCUGGAUAUUGAAGAGUGGAUUGAUGGGCAACUGCACCUGCUUUACGACUGCGAAGAGGAAGAGAUUCCAGAGUUAGAAAUUGACAUAGAUGACCUGAUUGAACUUCCAGGUGAAGAGCAGCGAGCAAAACUCCAGGAACUCCUACAGGAGUGCAGCAAACCCAAAGAGGACUUUAUCAAUGGACUGCUGUAUCGAAUUAAGGGAGUUCGAAAGAUGUCAGCCUCUCAGAGGAAGUGACCCUGAAGGAAGCUGGGGAGUCACAGCACCUUUUCUAGUUGCUUGGAUUUUAGUAUGUAAAUAUGUUCUUAACAGAAGUAAUGUUUGGACAGGAAACUGUUCACACAACAAUGGGUCAGUAUUAGACUGGAUGAAAUUGACUUAUUUUUAAAUCUAUUUAUAGACAUUUGGACUUUGUGAAUCUUUUGUGUAAAAAUGACACAGUACCAGUGUUUUUUUUUAAUUUUUAAUUUUAUUUUGUGAACUAAAACAAAUUAAAAAAACAAACAGAU